CCGAAGGCCCCUCUGCAGCCCACGACGUCGGAGCUCGGCGCCCCCCGGCGGACAGAGGCGUCGGGGACCCCGAUGACCUCCGGCCCUGCCCGCCCGGAUUUCCGCUCCGCUCCCCUCCGCCGGGACCGAACCCGCCCGGCCAUGAACGGUAGCGAGGCGGUGAGGCUGCUGGAUGCCGUUGACUUCGCGGCCCGCAAGCACUCGGGGCAGCGACGCAAGGAUCCGGAGCGGACGCCCUACAUCAACCACCCCAUCGGCGUGGCGCAGAUCCUGGCGCAGGAGGCCGGCGUGGCCGAUGUGGCGGUGCUGCAGGCCGCGCUGCUGCACGACACGGUGGAGGAUACGGACACCACCUUCGCGGAGAUCGAGCAGCGCUUCGGGCUGGAGGUGCGGCGCCUGGUGGAGGAGCUGACCGACAACAAGGCGCUGCCCCAGGCCGAGCGGAAGCGCCUGCAGGUGGAGCGCGCGGCGGGGCUGAGCGCCGGGGCGCGGCUAGUGGCGCUGGCCGACAAGCUGUACAACCUGCGCGACCUGGACCGGCGCGUGCCCGAGGGCUGGUCCGAGCAGCGCGUGCGCGAGUACUUCGCCUGGGCGGCGCGCGUGGCCAACGCCCUCCGCGGGAGCUGCCCGGCGCUGGAGGAGCCCCUGUGGCGGCUGCUGGCUGCCAGGGGCGUCGCGCGCUAGCCCGGAAGCAUCGCGG